CGGACGUUGCUCUGGGGGUUCCAGGGAGCCGCGGCACUAAGCACCCGAACGGAGAAUAAAGUCUAGAAGACAUUAAGGAUGGCACGAAGGGCCGAGUCGUUGAGGAAGAUGCGGCCAAGUGUACAUGGCUAAGUGCUGGACACCUUACCAGGAUUCCACAGUUCUCUCAUGGUGAAUUCUUGAUGGAUUUCACUCCUGGAUGCUGGUGACUCCUGGGCAGGAGACAUGGCUCUGAUUCGGCUGGGGUUUGGAAGACAGCAUUUUUGUCUGCUAAAGAGAAGGAGUUCCUUGCUGUUGAAACUCACAGCUGUUGUCUUUGCCGUGCUUCUGUUUUGUGAAUUUUUAAUCUAUUACUUAGUGAUCUUUCGGUGUGAUUGGCCUGAGGUGAAAACUCCAGCCCACGACAGUGGACAAAAGACUCUGAAAGCCAUGUUUUUGGCUGAUACCCACUUGCUUGGGGAAGUGCGAGGCCAUUGGCUAGACAAAUUACGAAGGGAGUGGCAAAUGGAGAGAGCCUUCCAGACGGCUCUGUGGUUGUUGCAGCCAGAAGUCGUCUUCAUUCUAGGGGACAUCUUUGAUGAAGGGAAGUGGAGCUCCUCCCAGGCCUGGGCAGAUGAUGUGGAGCGAUUUCAGAAAAUAUUCAGACACCCACGUCACGUGCAGCUGAAGGUGGUUGCUGGCAACCAUGACAUUGGCUUCCACUAUCAGAUGAGCACAUACAAAAUAAAACGAUUUGAGAAAGUUUUCAACCCCGAAAGGCUGUUUUCUUGGAAAGGAAUGAAUUUUGUGCUGGUCAACAGCGUCGCCCUGGAAGGGGAUGGCUGCCACAUUUGCUCUGAAGCCGAAGCCGAACUCAUCGAAAUUUCUCACAAACUGAAUUGCUCCCGCGAGGUAGGAGAGCACCUGAAGGCACAGGUGCGUCUGUUCUGGCAUCUUCUGUGGGGGCGGUCGCUGCACUUUGUGUUUGGUGCAUCCCUCAGCGCCCCCUUCCUUUCCUACCGCUCGGGGAGGGCCGGCUCUGGCGGCUUAACUGAUUUCUCACCGCAGAAACGUGGCCCCGGCCGCUGCCGGGGGGCGCCGCUGCUGCCCGCGUCGGCCCCGGUGCUCCUGCAGGUGAGUGCGCACCGCGCGGCCCCGGCUCCGGGGCUCCGGGGCUCCGGCCCCUCGGCCAGCGCCUGCUGGUCACACGGGACCCUCUCCAAAUCCCGGCAGCAUUUCCCGCUUUUCCGGAGGAGCGAUGCGAAUUGUUCCGGGGAGGACGCCGCGCCUCUGGAAGAGCGGGCCAUCCCGUUUAAGGAGAGAUACGACGUGCUCUCGCGGGAGGCCUCACAGCAGCUGCUCUGGUGGCUGCGACCACGCCUCAUCCUGAGCGGCCACACGCACAGUGCGUGCGAGGUGCUCCACGGCGCUGGAGUCCCCGAGAUCAGCGUGCCGUCUUUCAGUUGGAGGAACAGAAACAACCCCAGCUUCAUCAUGGUAAUAUGAACGUUUAUUUUCAUCCGAACGCUCUCAUAGAAGUAUUGAAAUCAACACAGUAAUCAACUAUUUAAU